UGAUUUUUUUUAAACUCAGGUUUUCGCCCCCUCGCUCUUGUUUUAAACGCCCAAUGCUGACGGCGUGCCUCUUUUUUAGCCGACGAGUUAAGAGCAACAACUGCAGGACUACAACGUCCCGCGGACCUCUACGUUGUAUUUUCAGUCCGGCCUAUCGAGCCAUCUGAGCCACCAUGACGGACCGCUUUGACUGCUUCUAUUGCCGUGACGACCUGCAUGGGAAGAAGUACAUAAAGAAGGACGAGAGGCCCGUGUGUGUGCGCUGCUUUGAUAAGUUCUGUGCCAACACCUGCACCGAGUGCCGCCGCCCCAUCGGCACGGACUCCAAGGAGCUGCACCACAAGGGUCGCUACUGGCACGAGGACUGCUUCCGUUGCUUCAAGUGUUAUAAGGGUUUGGCCAAAGAGUCCUUCAGCGUCAAGGAUGACAAGAUCAUGUGUGGGAAGUGCAGCUCCCGGGAGGAUGCCCCACGCUGCCACGGCUGCUACAAGUCCAUCCUGCCAGGUGAUGAAAACGUGGAGUACAAGAACAACGUGUGGCAUGACAGCUGCUUCACCUGCUACCAGUGCAAGCUGCCCAUCCGCACCAAGAGCUUCCUGACCAAGGGUGAGGACGUCUACUGCGCACCCUGCCACCAGAAGAAGUUUGGCAAGCACUGCUUCCACUGCAAGCAGGCCAUCACCUCCGGUGGAGUCACCUACCAGGACCAGCCCUGGCACUCGGACUGCUUCGUGUGCCACACCUGCCGGAAGCCCCUCGCUGGCACGCGCUUCACAUCCCAUGAGGAACACGCCUAUUGCGUGGACUGCUACAAGAGCACCGUGGCCAAGAAGUGCUCUGGGUGUCAGAGCCCCAUCACGGGGUUUGGAAAGGGAAUCAAUGUGGUGAACUACGAGGACAAGUCCUGGCACGAGUACUGCUUCAACUGUAAAAAGUGCUCUCUGGGUCUGGCAAACAAGCCCUUUGUGGUCAAAGGGGAAGCCAUCUACUGCCCCGACUGUGCCAAGAAGGUGUAAGGCGGAGCCAGGGGGUGGAAGAAACCGAGCGAGAAAUUAUUCUGUGGCUUUGAGCUUUUCAAAUGAUAGACAUGCAAGAAUAAGAAAGGUCCAUCUUAGGAGUCAACGCUUCACCACUGCAGUUGAGGGGCAACAUCAACAGAAUGAGGGAGGCUCUGCAUCAAGAGCCAGCAUCUCCAUCAGCAUCACAUGUAGUUUGAGGGAGUCAGAGAGGUCUUGGAACUGCAAGUUCACCUUCCUUAUAAUUACCCAUAAAUCUCAGCUGUAGUCAGUCAGUCAGCCUUGCUUCUCAGUCAGGUUAGCACAUAUACUCCUCCUUCUUCCAUAACUUGAGUAACAUGUAGAUUACUCAGCAAUUAGCUUUAAUAGGUAUGAAAUACUCGAUGCUUAUGCUUCUGAAUGAGUUCAUUUAUGAUUUCAAUACAUGUUAGUCGGCAUCAGGGAUGCAAUCCCUAUAUCAGUGUCUUAGUGGAGGUUUUAAAAACCAUGCUGCAGUAUCAGAAAACAAUAAAAUGUAAGUCAUAAAAACCAUGCUGUAGUCUUGACAUUAAGUGAUAUGGUUAUUUAGUUAAUAAAACAGCUAGAUGUUUAACAUUGGGUCCAACACAUUUCUGUGGGUCUGUAGUAGAUGGUGAAGAUAGACUCAUUUAUCUUGUAAUGAUUUCUUUUAAAUGCUUAUCUGGUGUCUAUAUAUAAAUUUCAAAAAAUCUUCAUGGAAGACUGAGACUAAUCAGAAAGAUCUGUAAUGCAAAACGUCAGGUACAACAUGCAUUAAAACAUUAAAGGAUUCUCCAAACUA